AUGGAAUUUUGUAAUGUACUUCUCAACCACAUGCAUCGAAACAAAUUAUUUAUCACUACAACACUUUCUUCUAUAUCCAACCAAAUAAGAUAUAUGAAAUUAUAACCGCUGCGUAUUUUCAAUUGUAUGCAUUUGUAGCUAUACUGCAUUUACAAUUACGUUGAAUUAAACAGCGACAAAGCGAGUUGUAAAGAACAGAAGCUGGUACAAACAGACCUGUUAAAUGAAAGCCAACGAGGUUGUAUUGAGGUUUCCAUCUUAACCCCUACCGAGUUUUGAUUGAGAGAAACCAAAAUAAAACUCGAGCAGAAGUUCAGUGACUACUAGUGCAAUGUUUCUUUCACCCGAUAAGGGCAUGUUUCUUUCGCCCCACAUCCCGAUAUCCAAUGCAUGAGUCAUCACCUCGUCAAACGGCGAGCACAAAUGUUUAGAGGAUAUCUGCGAAUUCGAAGAUUAGAUGAAGAGAGCAGUUGAUAGCGUAGGUCUGUAAGUACCGACUCUAAUCUCGUGUACAGUAUGAAAGUAUGAAUUUAUUCCCUACUAUAGCAAAAGUCGAGAUCGGGCGUGUGAUUGAAACUCGCGAGUUCCGACCUAUUCCGAAGUCGUGAUGGGGGGUGCGAUUGAAACUCGCAAGUUCCGACCUAUUCCGGCCGGUGAAACAAACAAGCCCUAAUUUAUAGCCAAUGCACCUGCACAGGGAUUCCACCUGAACCCGGCCCAUAAUGGUGCAAACCGGUUCGGUCCGAACCCGUAUAAAAACCCAGUAACGGUUCAGCUAAUUCGCCUCAUUCUCAUGGCAACUCUUCUCCUUCGUUCGCGCCCUCGAAACCCCAUUUUCUCAACUACCCUCUUCUCCCUCCUCCUCUUCCGAAACCCUAACCCUAACCCCAGCCCUAGCCCGUUCUCCUCGAUCCCCACGGCGACCGGAACCCCAACCCUAAGAGUCUCCCCCGAAGAAUCCUCGGCGGCGGAGGCCGAUGACCUACGACGUCGCCUCCUCCGGCUUCGCUUCGAUCGCCAGAGCGCGGCGGCGGCGCUGGACGAGUGGGUGCGCGGAGGGGGCGAGGUCGCCAUUUCCGAGCUCCGGCGCAUCAUCGCGGAGCUCAGGAAGGCGAAGCGGUAUAAGCACGCGCUCGAGAUUUUAACAUGGAUGGAGUCAUGCAGAAAGUUUGAAUUAGCAUCGUCUGAUCAUGCAGCCAUAUUGGAUUUGAUCACCAAACUUCGCAAUAUAUCUGAAGCUGAGGAGUACUUCGGGAAAUUAUCAACCAGUGCUUCAAAGAAGGCUGCAUCUUUUCCUCUCCUCCAUUAUUAUGUUAAGGCACGGGACUUGGAAAAAGCCGAGACCCUAAUGGCAAAGCUGCAAAACUACGGGUUAGCCGUGAAUCCUUACCUUUUCGAUGAAAUGAUGAAGCUCUAUGUGGCCACAAGUCAAUACAAAAAGGUUCUGGCAGUUAUUAGGCAUAUGAAAAACAGUAAGAUCCCUCUUAAUGUUGUUUCCUACAACCUUUGGAUGAAUGCAUGUGCGGAAGUUUCUAAUGCAACUUCUGUAGAGAUGGUGCUUAAGGAGAUGGUGAAUGAUAAGGACAUCGAGGUUGGUUGGAGCACGCACUCGACCUUAGCUAAUAUCUACAUAAAAUACGGGCUUAUCCAGAAAGCUUUUGAAGCCCUUAGAACAGCUGAACAGAAGCUUUCAGCAAGGAAACGGCUGGGCUAUUCUUUCAUCAUGACAAUCUAUGCUUCUUUGAGGGAUAGGGAAGGGGUUAUUAGGCUUUGGGAAGCUAGUAAAAAGGUACCAAGUAGAAUCACUUGUGUAAAUUACAUGUGUGUUAUGUUGUGUUUGAUUAAAGUUGGUGAUAUAGGGGCGGCAGAGAGGGUCUUUAGAACUUGGGAAUCAGAAUGCUUUAAGUAUGAUGUCCGAGUAUCGAAUGUUCUUCUGGGUGCUUAUGUGAGGAAUGGGUGGAUGGAAAAGGCUGAGAAAUUUCACCUCUAUACUUUGGAAAAAGGUGCCAAACCAAAUUACAAGACAUGGGAAAUUUUAAUGGAAGGAUGGGUGAAGAACAGGGAGAUGGAGAAAGCUGUAGAGGCCAUGAAAAAGGGCUUUUCUUUGUUGAAGUUUUGUCGUUGGAGGCCGAAUCCUGCGAUUGUGGAGGCCAUAGCAGAGCAUUUUGAGGAGGAAGGUGAUUUUGAGAACGCGAAGAGGUAUGUGAAGGUUCUAAGAAAACUGAAUAUCAUGAGCUUGCCAUUGUACAAAUCCUUUAUAAGAGUAUGUAUAAAUACUAAGAGAGCUCCCCCGAAUAUCCCUAAGAUGAUGGCAAGAGAUCAGAUAGAUUUGGACGACGAAACCGCGGAACUAAUUAUACGUGCCAAUGAGAUCGAUAUUGUCGAUAUUUUGUGAUCGUCAUUAUGGAAGCAAAGAAAUCACAGAUCUUUUCCGCCGUGAUAUAUCAAAGCAGCUCCGCUUUGCGACAUUGCAGGGCUCUAACUGCUCUAUCUGAAUGAGCUCAUCGGCGAAGCCCAGCUCCCAGAAGAACUAUAUUUGUUAAGAAAGAGCCGGUUCCCUUCGUCAAGAGCAAUCAAGAGCCAUCCUACGCGAGUUUAAAGUUUCUCUCGAAACGUGGGCGCGCACGUGUGUUCUUCUGCAUCUGUUAUGCAAAAAUGAGUUGCAGGCCUUCGGCAAGGGUAGGGUUUAACAGGGCAAUUCUCAAUGCAGCCAGCAAGGAAUGCUCCGGUGGUGGCGUCGUCGAGGAUUUCAGGUAUGAAAGGAGAUUGGCUAGCAAAAGCAUUCGGAAUCUACACUGCUGGGGCAUUGAAAGCAUGAGCAUUCCUACUAAAACUCAUUUUUGACAGUGAUAACCGUGUUUUCGAACUUCAAUUGCUUUCAUCUUUCAGAAAUUUUUUGUACCCGAACCCAAUGGUGUUGUUGGUUGGUAUCGUUCUUGCGGAGUAUUUUUUAAUUUACAUUGUAAAUAAUCUUUUAUACUUCAGAGGUACCGGUAUUAAUACAGCAGUAAAGUACCGUCUAAUAAGUUGAAAUAUUACUGUCGUAUGCAUGAUUUUAAUUUCUCUGUUCCGUAGCCUAUAAAACAUGAGAGAUGUGUAAUUA